CUCGACUGGUUGGAAGAAGCAAAAAAACCACGCGGAUUUCAAAGUCCUCGAUUAAUCAAAUCAUUUCAGAAUUAUUUUCACGUCCGAUUUCCCGAUUCAUGCUUUGCUCGUCGAUCUUUCCUCUCGCCGUGCCGCACAAUCGAUUCGCACUCCGUCUAAACCUUCUAUCGCUCAAUAAUCACGCUCUGCAGCAUCCGCCCACUGGCCGUUGUCUCAUAAUCGGAGUUCGAUUUUGGAAGUUUCAGUGUUUCGUUGUAUUUAUUGAGUUGGUCGCAAAAUCUUCAUACUUUAAUCGCUAGCUCUACAUGGAAUACAAUGCGUUCGAUAGCAGUGGUGAGUAUUCAUUAUUAAGGUCUUCAAUUCUAGAACUUGGAUAUACUCUGUGAAAAAAAGGUCUCCAACCAUUCCAUAUUGAGAAUGAUGUCACCAUCAAAGAUUGUAACGCAUGAAAAUCAGUGGCAAACUCAACUCCGUGAACCAAUAAUUGCACAUGACGUGCAACACCAUCAUUUUAAAUUCGAGCACCAUUUCAGACGGCCACUAAGAAUCCUUUGGUGGUUUCCAAUCAGAGGUGAAGAUGCUGAACAAUUUGUGGUUGGAUAUAAUUGUGAGAAUUCCCAGUGUCAAUCAAGACGGUGAAUUGCUUCCCUUGGAUGGUGGUGCCUGGUGGCUACGGCGGGUGGGGAAAAUGUUUUUGGUUGGAGAUAGAAGUAGCGGUAGUUUGGUGUUAACGGGCACAGGAGUUGAUAAAGGCCUGUUACUAGGAUCAUUCUUUGUAGCUUAUUGCUUAUCUUCUCUUAAUUUGGCUAGUCUUAUGGCUUUGGCUAUAUCGGUGGGCUUUAAGAUCUUGUGUUCGGCUUGAAUACCUAGUUUAAGUCCUGAGAUAAAACAGUCCAAGAUGGCUUGCGGUGAGAAAUCACUCGAUUGCACACAAUUUCGAAUUCUUCUUGAUGCGUGGUGACCGAUUUGUGUUGGGAGAGCUUGAACAAUGUUGCUCGAUGGUUCACAUGGACAGGCCAAAGCGUUGCUCUAGCGCAUUGGCGAAUGCCCCCAAGAAAAGAGUUGUUGGUACCGGUGCAUCCACUUGUACCAUGAUAACGCUGGGCCAACCAUGGAGAAGCUAGCUUAAUCAAUCCUUUGUUCCUCCGGGAUGUCCCAAAAACAAAAAAUAUUUUUUCACCAAUCGCCAAAAAGCGGAUUGCUUCUGUCAAAGGUAGCAAGCUCACAAUGGGGCAAUUUCAGUUGAGGGCAGAGUUCGGGG